AUGGAGGAGGAUCACGCCCCGAUUGCGGCCAGAGCUCUCCAGCAGCCCCGCAAGUUCACCAUCCAGAGCAGCUUCGGCCAGGCUAGGGAGCGGCGAAGCAGGAAGAACAGACCGUGCGAUGCUUGCAGGCGCCGAAAAACGGCCUGCGUUAUCGAGACCGAACCUCCUUGUGCGUUCUGCAGGAGCCGAGGGCUGAUCUGCCGCUCAACACCCGGCCCAGAGCUGACUGCGCGUCAGCCCGCGCUCGCUACGCCGGGAUCCCGGUUGGUCGGGCCAGCCGUCUCUGCUACGCCGGACCCUGUCUUACAGCCGCCUGCGCGCGACAUCCCCGCAUUCCAAGCCAAUGCUUCCCCGGACUCCCUAGCACUUCCUCCUCCCACAGGCAACUACGCCACCACACGCCAGAUCGCGGGCUCUGCUGCCGUAGUGCAUCAAGGCCUCGUGCAUACUCCCACCGGGAACCCUACCGAUGAAGUGCCGCUAGAAGCCGCCGCCUUGGGCGUCUCUCCGCAGAGCUCGGUACCUUCGGCCACGACAACUCGUUACACGCUUGAGGAUGCCAGGAACCACACGGCACACUUCAUGGGCUGGGCAGCAGAGCAAGAUACCUAUCUGCUGGAUUCGUUCAGGUCGGUUAUCCUCAGCGAAUACGGAUUCGACGCCAAUAUCAUCCAAGUCGAUGGCGGCAACCCCAAGACCGAAGACCCGCCGGUGCACUUCCUCCUGCUGGAGAAUGACUUCCCCGAACACACCAACAGGAUGACUCAAGCCGCGUCCGAUGCGAUCGAGGCGCUGGUAUGGCCCCAUGGCCCGUUGCUAGUCCGCUUGUACUUCAAACACGUCCACCCUGUCUACCCUAUCGUCUCCAAGGUGAGAUUCCUGCGGCAGUACUCCGCUGGCAAGGAGCGGAUACCGGCCUCACUGCGAGGCGCAGUGUACGCCUUGGCGUGCGUCUUCUGGCACAAGCAUCCCGUUUCGGGACCAUGCCCCUUCAAGCAGCACGAGCUCGCCGCGCAGGCGCAUACCGCGCUAAGGGGUGAACUGGAGGCGCCUAAUCUAUGGAAGUUGCAGUCAUGCUUGCUACUGCUGCAUUGCAUGCCCCCUGACAUCGAUAGCGUGGAGACACCCUACACGUGGAUUCUCGCGUGCCAAGCCACAGCUGCUGCCCAGAUGAUCGGCCUGCACCAGGACCCAGAACGAUGGAAUAUCGCGUCGUGGGAGAAAAAGCUACGGAGAAAGCUCUGGUGGGCCACAUAUGCGGCUGACUGCUGGUCAGCUGUAUGCCACGGCAACCCGCCACAUAUUGUGAUGGACUCGUUUAGCACUUCGGCCCCAAUCAUGGACGACCUUCGCUCCGAUGAAGAUGUGCCGCCUGAGCUCGGCCACCUCGUGGACCCCGACGAUACCCGCUUCCGGGUGCCUGACGGGGCUCGCUUCCUGGAGAUGGUUCGCAUCGCACAGGAUCUGCGGAUCAUCAUUCACUGCAGCUCGCACGCGAGCAGGGGGUUGAUGCACCCCUCAGAUAUGGCACAGUUGCGUAGCCAGUUGGUUGCUAUCCGGGGCAAGUUACAAGAUUGGUCCAGCCUUAUACCAAAUUGUCUAGCACUGGGGCAACCACAGAUUGGACCGCUACACCUCUCAUUCUACGCAAGCCAGGUCCUCUUGUACCGGGGCCUGAUGCAGCCAGCGACUCGUAUGGCCAAGGCAAAUCCUGACUCGAACCUACGGCGCUGGUUCCGUCACGCCCUUGAUGACUUCAGAGCGUUCGUGUCUUUUAUGAGUCGUAUGACUGAGACUGAGCUAGAUGCUUUCUGGGGACGCCGUGAGUUGCAUGCUGACCUGUAG